GUGAAUUUCCGCUUUGAGAAGAGCCUGGGAUGUUCUCAUCAUAGUUAUCGGUUUUUUCUAAGUGAUUGUGCACCGCCUCAAGCACGACUCCAACCAACCAAGCACAAUAGCCUGCUCCGGUGCAGCCACAACCCCUCAUCUCGCGUGCUAUUUUGAGCGCUCUCGUUAGUGCUACCGCAGCCAGCCUGCAUUAGUUAUAGAGGAAGAAGCAUCUGCACUGGCUCCGUCACUACUAGCCCUCCAAGACAUGACUAGUGUAUCAAGUGGUGCUGGAGACCGUUUAAGAAGUUGCAGGGAUGGUUCACGCUCAGCCCCAACGUCACUGAACAGCCACACACCCUUUACCCGGAGAAGGGGGUGCCAUGAAUCGCUAAAUUAUGGUAGGGACACACAUAUAUAAGCUCAUCAUCUGCCCUCAAUCGAUGGAUCUGUCUGUACUCCACUUCUCAUCUUCAUGAACAAGGCCUUUGAACAGCACAACAGAUAUUCAAGAUGUAUCGGUAUACAGCCAAGCCGGCUCACCUUUCCGAGAUUCUGGAUCUCUAUCCCGCCCAGGAGUCAUUAUGUGCGGGGUGGGCACUCUCGAAAGGUCGACUGUGUUCUAAUCCAGUCAAGGCAGCCAAUCGAGCUUCUGCUGUGCGCCUCCUUGAUGAAGGCAGUCGACGAACGGAGAGAGGUGAAUACAUGGACGAUCUGAUCAUAGAUCUAGCGUCGCUUGUUCUCUGCCACCGUCAUACGGAACAAGCUUCUGGGCUUGUUCAGGAGUGGCAGGGUCAGAUUCAGGGUGUUCGCCUAGCUUCGUAUGAGGUGGAGGAUAUCGGUGCCCGACAGGAGGUGAAGCAUAUCGGUCUUCGCAUGGAGACAGCCCGACCUGAGACGUCGAGGAGAGAAAAUAGAUCUCUACCGUUAACAGAAGUGCUCCAAUCAAGACGAUACGAGAAUUCGCCGCAACGUUCUGCUGCGGAAGUUUCGAAUUUGCGCAAACCUGAGGUGAAUCGUCCGGGGCGACCAUCUGGCCUGGGUGAACAGACCAGUCACAGGGCAAGGAUUCCUGCUAUUAGGGUAUAUGAUACUAUCACUACGGUCUCUUCACGGCACGCAGCAUCUACAGAACAAACUAGGAUACCCACUGCUUCUGCACCAACUGUUCUUCGUGCAUCUGCGUCACCUGCACACACCCAGCGGGUGAGCUUAACUGCUUCAUCUUCGAGCUCCAAUCCUCCUACUUUCACCGACCCGGUGAACAGCUCUCGCGCUUCGACAACUCAUUCGGCCUCGACUUCUGCCUCUGCCUCUGCCUCUGCCUCUGGUUCCAGUUCUACUUCAACCACCUCGUCUACAAGUACCAGAACGACUUCAACCCGCACUACCAUUUCUGCUACCACACGCGCGGACACUGCCUCUCUUCAGACCACGUCCACUUCUGCUAUUACUAGCACAACCACCACCACGACGCACAGGGCCUCGACGAGGUCAACCAGCCUAUCGACGUCCCGUCUUGCCCCUAGUGUCGUUACGACGACUAUUUCCCCUUCCUCCCCAACUACAAGCAGACGUACCAUUGCAACUAUGGAUUCAGGAGCACCAACUGCAGUGUCGACAGCUACCCCUCCACGUGCUGCAGCAACGGUCUCCAGCCCGGAUACAGCUUCAUCCUCUGCGACUCAGCCGACAACCCAUCCUUCCAACAUAGUCGUCCCGAUUAUGUCCACAUCUCCCAGCACAACCAGACGUGUCACUCCAACCAUGGAGCCCGAAGCACCAACUUUACCUUCUAUAACUACCCCUCUAAAUGAUACAGCAACGACCUCCACCCCCGAUGCAGCCUCAGCUGCUACAACCCAACCUUCUACAGCCGAGGCUCAGACAACCUCCACCCCUACCUCUCCAAGGACUCCAGCACCCGAAACCGCCCCUGCAACCUCGGCUCCCACAACCUCAGCCACCCCACCGCAAAGAGCCCCCCGAAUCCCAAGCACAACGUCAAGCGACACCACAUCGCAAGCAACCCCACGUCCAGAAACAAGCACCCCGCCGCCGCGUACCCCGGAACCCAAACCGGAAAAACCAUACACCCCGACCCGCAAGCCCAUCGAAGGCGACUGCCCGAUCUGCUACGAGCCCCUCGUGCCGAACCCGCAGCUAUCCCGGGAUCUCUCCAUCGUAUACUGCAAGCGGCAGUGCGGAACGAACUUUCACUUCAACUGCAUGUUUACGUGGAGGCAGGUCGAGGAGAUGAGACCGAGUUGUCCGAUGUGUCGGAAGGCUUGGGAGUGAGCUUUCUUGGGUGGGGGUGGUGUGGGGUUGGUUAUGAAAGGGGCAGGUGGAGAUAUUUCUGAGUUCUGGACUGUCUCGGUGUGCUUUCGGAUUUGGUCUUGGCUUUUUCUGGUUAUGCAAAGUGUGUUGCUGUUAUGAUGAUGGAUGGGCUAUCUUGUACGAUUAACAAAUUCUAAGGUAUUGGUUUGUCUUGUUCAGUUUCUGGGGUCUCGGCUUGAGUACCUUAUCUUUUGGUCCUUGAUUAAUUCACAGAUCUAAUUAAUUUGGGAGAUGAUGGACCUCUUCUUGC